AUGGACAGUAACACCGUCUCAAGCCAGCCGGCACUCAAGGCGGACCCCAUGGAGGGCAUGGCUCAUUCCGAGGCGCAUUACUUUAACAGCUACAAUCACCAUGGCAUCCACGAGGAAAUGCUUAAAGAUGAAGUACGCACAAGGUCUUACCGAGACGCCAUCUACCAGAAUGGACAUCUGUUCAAGGACAAGGUCGUCCUCGACGUCGGCUGCGGUACAGCCAUUCUCAGCAUGUUCGCCGUGAAGGCUGGUGCCAAGCAUGUCAUUGGUGUGGAUAUGUCGACCAUCAUCGACAAGGCGAAAGAGAUUGUCGAAGUCAACGGCCUGUCCUCCAAAAUUACACUGCUCCAGGGCAAGAUGGAGGAAGUAGAGCUACCAUUUCCCAAGGUAGACAUAAUCAUCUCAGAGUGGAUGGGCUACUUCCUCCUCUACGAGAGCAUGUUAGACACCGUGCUCUACGCGCGAGACAAGUACCUCGUACCCGACGGUCUGAUUUUCCCCGACAAGGCGACUAUCUUCCUCGCCGGUAUCGAGGACGGAGAGUACAAAGAGGAGAAGAUCGGAUUCUGGGACAACGUCUGGGGCUUCGACUACACCCCUCUCAAGCAAACCGCCCUGACCGAACCCCUCGUCGACACCGUCGACAUCAAAGCCGUCGUAACCGACCCCUGCGGCGUCCUCACCCUCGACCUCUACAAAGUGCAACCCGCCGACCUCGCAUUCACGCUCCCGUACUCGCUGACGGUGCGCCGCAACGAUUUCGUGCACGCCGUCAUCGCCUGGUUCGACAUCGAGUUCUCCGCCUGCCACAAGCCGAUCAAAUUCUCCACCGGCCCGCACACAAAGUACACACACUGGAAACAGACCGUCUUCUACCUGAGAGACGUGCUCACCUGCGAGUCCGGCGAGCGCAUCACCGGCAUUCUGUCCAACAAACCCAACGACAAGAACAGGCGUGAUCUCGACAUUGCAAUCUCAUACAAGCUGGAGUCGGAGGACCCGGGCAGGCAGGGUUCCGGCAGUGCGGAAUACAAGAUGUGCUAAGCGGGUAUAAAAAAAUGAUGGGGCUAUUCCUUCACACACUCCGCUACAUUUCCCCUCUGCUGGCAACCCUGUUUUUGACAGCCGGAACUCGAGACAGGAUCGUGGCCUUGGCUGUUGGAUAAAUGCACUGCACUGCACACACAACAACAACAACAAACAUAUGAGCCGCUGCGUGACAUCCUUCCGGCGUCUGGGCGAACGAGUAGUUCACGACACUUCAGGUGGUUAUACACUUACUUCAUGAUGACGAUAUAUAUAUGUCGGCUUCUCGUAUAUGCAGACUGCCGAAGAAACUUAGAUAACAUAGCGUCUUGUACUGAAAAGUGAAUCUUCUCGCGCUGCUAACCUCUCACGUAAAAAUAAAGAUUGCUGCUAUU